AUGUAUUUAUUUAUUGUGGCCAUAUUGUUUGUCCUUUUAAUAUUGUACGCAGUUAAAAAGAAAGAUCCCGAACCUAUAUUUGGAAUAUACUCAGUGCCCGGGAAGUGGUAUUAUUUGAAAUAUGCAUUGUUUGCAUGCCUUUAUUACUUUCGAAAGUAUUCGAAAAAGAACAAAGCUGCAGGAACUGACGGACGCGCGGGGCAAGGCGUUAAGGCUAUAGCAGACCCCGCAGCCAUGGACUGUGCACAAAUGCUGAGUGACCAUGCGAAGGCAUUCGAUGCAAUAUUCUUUAUAUCGGCUUCGAAAGAUGAAAACGAUAAAGGAAUAUACGUGAUAUCGGGCUGCGAGCGUCGCUCGAUGGGUAUGUGCAAUGGGCUCUUCUAUAUUGGGUUACCGGGCAAGGGUCUCCUUUGCAGCAAGAAGAUACCAGACACAGUUCUGUUUGGCGCCCAAAUAGGCGAGUUUGCUGCGGAAGGCAUUAAAAUGGAACCAGUUGAGCCAAUGAAGAAGUGGACGGUGUCUUACAAGGGACAAAUGUGGUAUCAGAAUGAUCCAAAUAAGCUGGUGGACGUGGAAUUCCACGGUGAUUGGAUGGCUACCAGCAAGUACUUCGAUUAUGACACCGACCUUCACCCACCGGCGGUCAUCCGUUCCAUUGCUAAGGAGAAAUGGAGUCGCAAGUACUUUGAGGGUCUUAAGACCGCCCACCAGUCGCACUACGAACAAUUCGGCGUGUUGAAGUGCAAGUUCAAGAUAGACAAUGAACCCUUCGAGCUGACGCUACCUUCCUUCAGGGAUCACAGCUUCGGUCACAAACGCGACUGGAGUUUGAUGCACCGCUACGCCUUCCACCACAUAUUCCUCAAUAACGGAACCAGUAUUAGCGUUGGAGUCAUCUGUCAGCCGCUAACUGCAACUACAUUGGAAGCCGGUGUGGUGGCGUCGCCGAAUGGCGACGUCCUGCCGAUAAAGUGGGUGGAUUUGAAGCUGUACCAGCACGGGGAGUGUGGCACUGCUCCGAGAGACUACGCUUUCAGAUUCCAAGCCGGAGAUGAAGUCUACACGACUCAGGUGCUUGUGGAAUACGAGUCGAUACACUUCGUGUCCGCGGAGUGGGAGGCGCGUAUGGUGGAGAGGUUCUGCAAGUUCGUUGUCAACGGAGUGAGCGGCCGCGGCGUCUCCGAGUUCCACUACCGGCAUACUGACGGCCGUCCGGAAACAUUCGCCAAGAACGACCCGGAGUGGUACAGGAAAAUGUGCCAUAAGAUAUAA